ACACAAUGCAAGGCCCUUUGCCUCCUUUUCCUUUCUUCCUUUGCCCAGCUCUAUGCGUCUCGGUGGCCUUAGAUAUUCACUCAGUCUAAAGUCAUGCCUCAAGCAUCCCGUGGAAAUGCUCGUCAGCCUGACUCCAGAGAUGUCCAAAAGGCCAUGGACAAGGAGCAGAAGAGAAGCCGAGGCGCUAUGUCAUGCGCCGAGUGUAGAAGACUCAAACUGAAAUGUGACAAAACUAUACCCUGCUCUUCAUGCAGACGCAGAGGCUGCUCCGCCAUCUGUCCUAAUGGUUCCCUCACGACUGGUCAGGGAACUCGGUUCGUGCUAGCAGAUACAGAAAAAUUGCAUCAGAAGAUCGCACAAAUGAGUGACAGGAUUCGUCAACUUGAAGAUGCACUUUCUAUUUCACAAACCAGUCCUGGCGAACAGCAUCCUCUUCUGCAUAGAAAUCUUCUCGACAUCAAAUCGAUCAUAGAUUUGCAUGCUGCUAUAGAUGAGGAAACGGCAGGCAAAUCCAAGCAUGAAGUCGAUGAUGACUCGCAAUACAUCGAAUCUUUUGGGACGCUCGCCAUACGGGACGAUGGAGCUGCAACUUUCUAUGGUCCAUCCGCCGGGUCGGAGAGCCUGCUCAUCGGAGAGUCCGCCGUAUCAUCGACACCUGGUUUUAGUCCAGGAAAUAGGACACAGCAUACUGAACAUCUGUCUCCCAGUGUCAAGCAUCUGUCCAAGUCUUUCCCUCUGGCUCCAGUGUUUACUGAUGAGGUUGAUCUCAACUACCUCAUUCAAAAUCAUUUACCUCCUUGGCAUCGUGCUCGUCACUUGAGUGAGCUGUAUCUCCAGCAAGCACCAUGGUUCUUCGGAGCGGUAACAAAACGGCAACUCAUGGAGGAGAACCUUCCUUUAUGGUACGCAGAAGCAUCAGAUCUCAUUCAUCUGGGUUCCGUGGCGCCAUCAGUAGCCUCGGGGAAUGAUGCUUUGAGUAAAGGUCCUCAUGAACUCGCCUUGAUGUUUGUGAUAUUCUGCUUUGGGGCACUGACGGAUCACAGAUUACCCCCUGCGCCAGACAACGAGGAAGCCGACAUGUAUUUCAAGCUUACGCGCGCUGCCCUAAACUUAGAGCCCGUACUUGACCGUCCACCAUCAGUGGCAACCAUUCAGACUCUGGCUUUACUCGCAAUCUAUCAGGGCCUUUGCAGUGGAGAAAACAGCAUUGAGAGCACCUGGGGAAUCUUUGGACUUGCAACAAAGUUAGCUCAGAGCAUUGGACUGCACCGUGAUUGCGCCCGCUGGCAGCUACCUCCACAAGAGGUGCAAAAGCGCCGUGCGCUGUUCUGGGAGCUAUUCAUCACAGACGGGUGGCAGUCCUUGGCUACAGGUCGUCUUGCUACGUUUUAUCUGCCUUUUGUAGACUGUGAACUACCUAACGAUCCCGAUUCCACGGUGGACGAAGACGGAACUGUUUUACAAAGCUUCCCGGCAUGGAAGGCUCGCUUUGGUUUCCAUUGCAUAUCCGCAAUCAUCCAACAUGCACAAACGGCUAAGGUACCAAAGUAUUCUGUUGUCAUCGAGCUGGAUCGCACGAUUCGCGACAUGGAGCUUCCAAAAUACGCCCAGCGACCUCCCAGAGAGGGCGCUGAACUUGGAGAAGCGAUGAAGCAUUACAUGCCCCGGAACUACCGACACCUGACUCUGCUAUAUCUUCAUCGAUGCUUUUUUGCGGAAGCUGUAUCAAACAACCCCACAGACCCCAUGAGCAGCCCAUUCGCUCCAUCGUUCCUUGCAGGGUACCGUAGUGCCUGUGAACUGAUUAACGGUCUUCGCACGCAGUUCGACUUGUUCCCAGCACAAAUCGCUCGCUUCUGGGUUUUAUGGACCCAUGCGUUUUCCUCAUCCGUGCUGCUGUCUUCUGUUGUUACGCAUGCAUCUGGAAGCGGUUCUCGGUCGAAGAUCACUACUGCAGCUUUGACCGAGCUGCGACGCGCUGUCAGUCUUUUCAAAGAAGCAUCUGUUUUUGGAGGUCGAGCUGGAAAAUUCCUUCCUAUCCUCGAGAGGCUGUUGCAUAAAGCUGAGCAGGCAUACAGUACUGCCACUCCUACCGUGACUCGACGAGAUAUAUUCUCGAAUACUGGUCCAACCAAGUCGAAGGAUGAACUUUCGAUUUUCAGUGGACAAAUCAACAAGGUUGCCACGAAGGCCCCCGCACCACCGUCUUCAGGACGAACCAGCCAUUCACCAGGAAACAGCUCCAAUCUGAGUCAAUCUUCCCCGGUGCAGGUAGAAGGCACUCCUCCGCAGGCAUUCAGCAACAUUCAUCCAUCGCUGCGCGAGCAGUGGAGCAGUUUCGAAGGAGAUAUCAAUACUCAGCUUUACAACGCUCAACGAGACGAGUAUUACACAGAAGAUGAUGAUUUCAUGCACGCAUCUACUGAGGAUGUACGCGGAAUGACCAGUAUACAUGAGGGUACAUACCACCAAGCCCAACCGGUCCAGCAUCAACAGCAUCCAGGUGCACAGCCGCCACAGGGAUACCGUCACCACUUUUCCGCCUCGUCGCAUGGGUUUUCUCAACCGGUCGAGGCACAGAAGUCUUUCCAAGGCGAGAAUCAGCGCCGGGAACCUGUGUACGCGUCUGGUAGUCAAGGACAACGCUAUCAGCAUGAGCCGCAGUACGCUCAGGCGCUGCCACAAUCUCACCAUCACCAGCCCGACAACACUCAAUACCAUGCGGAGCCUCCUCAGCAACAUCCUCAGCAACAUCCUCAGCAACAUCCUCAACAACAUUAUCAUCCUGACCCUCAGCCCCAGCCCCAGCCCCAGCCCCAGCAAUACUAUAGCCAGGAACAGCCUAGUCAUCAUAUCCAUGAUCCAUACCAGUCAUCAUCAUCCUUCAGCACUGCAGAUCCUUACGCAUCUAGUGACUACAACGCAAGACCCUCCCAAUCAUAUUGGGAAUCUGCACAGCAGUCGUAUCAGGCGCAGGAAAGCACUUCGUAUUAUCAGUCCUCGUACUAUGAAAAUCAGUACCAAAUGUCCCAGCAACCCCAAGCUCCUACAGAAUACCCAUCGGUUUCCCAGCAGCAUCUGCAAGAGACGUGGCAGUCAUUCAAUGUUUACGUCGGCUCGCCGCGUCGGCCGACGUAGAACUCCGCUCCUGUACUCUAGUAUUUUCAUUUGGCCACCUAGUAUUCCUUUCGGUUUCUUGAUAUCCUC